AUGAAAUCUUCCUCACAAAUCGAACAAGCCGUCAAGCAGAUCCCUCCUCAGCCACACUUCAGAUUUGUCUUUAGGCCUGCGACUUCAUCGAAAGUCCAAGUGUCAAAGCUUCACAAGAGGAAGCAUCAGAUCACGUCGUUAUUCAUGGACAUGAAGCACAAGGAGAGCGAGUUGGCAACAUAUUUUCUGUAA